UCCGAGGCUCCUUAAGUGCUAACUGUUACUUUCCUUACAGUGCUGUUUAGCGUAAUAUGAAAGUUUUAGUCAAAGAUAUACAUCAGUGGAAGCAGGAGUUUGAAGUUGCCCCUUCAGAUCCGAUAAGUAGUCUUAAAGAAAAGAUUAUGGAGGAAAGGGGUUUGAAAGAUUAUCUAAUUAAACUUAUUUACAAAGGAAAGCAAUUAGCUUCCGAGUCCACCUUUGAAAGUUACAACAUCCAAGAUCAAGAGCUAAUAAUAAUGCUACAGACCCCCAUCUCAACCCAAUCAAAUUCUGCUAAAGCGGCAGGCAAUAUUGGAGAUAGUAAUGAGGAAGUUAUUAUCUCUAAGGAACCUGAAGCUCCCACCUCAACAACUGCUGAGUUGGAAGAUUCUGCUGAGAAACUCAGGACAAUGGGAUUUCCUGAACACCAAAUUUUUCCGGCUUUAAAAGCAGCCUUUGGUGAUGCCAAUAGAGCAGUUGAAUAUUUAACUAACGGACUUCCGGAAAAUUGCAUGGAGAGCUUUCAAGAUGAAGAUACAAAGCAGGCUCAGCCGACUUUAAAUUUACAACCUGAUACUCGUCAUCUAAGCAACCCCGAGUUUCUAAGAAUCAUUCACAACAUUCAAGAAAAUCCACAAAUUCUUGAACCCUUAUUGAUAUCCAUAGGGCGUACAAAUCCAGACUUUCUUCGGACUAUCAACAGCCACCAGGAAGACUUCCUCCGUCUCAUUAAUGAUACACCGCCUAGAAGCGCCGCCGGGAUGGCUCCUGCCACUGAAGAUGCCAGCGGGACUCCUACUACGAUCUCUAUCACGCCGGAGGAAAAAGAGGCUAUCGACAGGCUGUGCGAUCUCGGUUUUGACGAGCGAACGGCAGUGGAAGCUUAUUUUGCCUGCGAUAAGAAUGAAGAGCUGGCUGCAAACUAUUUAUUCGACUCGCAACUGCAAUGAUCGUAACUCUCAUUAAAGCUGGUUUUUAUCGGGGUUGUGUCUGUAAAUAGGCGCUAUGCAAACCAGCCUAAAUAAAU